AUGGGGACCCGGGACAUGCCGCUGCCUCGCCAGUUCGAGUUCCUCCUCGGCAAAGACCGCGACCAGUGGCCGCUGGAGGCCAGGUUCAUCGAGGCCGCCCACGACGGCGACGUCCGCAGCAUCAAGAAGAUCGCAAAGGAGCUGGACGUGCACGGGCACGGGGUCCCGGUGACGGUGGCCAGCACCACCUACAUGGGCUUCAACGCCCUCCACGCGGCCGGCGGCCGGGGCAGGCUGCCCCUCUACCAGUACCUCGUCGAGGAGCUCAAGAUGGACGUCAACAAGCCCGACACCUCUCAGGAUCAAUCACCUGCUGAGCACGCCGUCACCUACGGCAACCUUCCUGCCGUCGCCUACCUUCUUGACCAUGGCGCUGAUCUGCAUCAGAAACGUCAAGGGGACGUCACGCUUCUUCACUCAGCUGCAAUCCGUGGGCACUCUGAAAUAGUAGAGUUUCUUCUUUCUAGAGGAGCUGAUGUUAAUGCACUAUCAGUUACUGGGACACCACUCUCUGUUGCUUCUUUUAAAGGACAUGCUAGUACCGUCAAGAUCCUUUUGCAGCACAAUGCAAAUCCCAACAAAGGUAAUCGUCUGUUUGUAGCUCUAGACAUGGCAUUACGCAAAUCUUUUGUCUCCUGUGUGAAGCUAUUGAUUCAGGGUGGAGCUAAUGUGAGCAGUGCUAGUCCUGGUGAUAAUCCUUUGGUAAAGGCUGCAGAGAAGGGCUUAACUGAAGCUAUUAAGUGCUUGUUGGAAGCUGGAGCAAACGCAAAUGUUCUUGACAUGUAUGGUAGAUUGCCAAUAGAGUUGGCUGCUGAGUAUGGUACACGGGAAGAUGUCGAGAUACUCUUUCCUUUCACAUCUCCCAUUUCAACUGUGGCCAAUUGGAGCGUUGAUGGAAUCAUUAGUCAUGUGAAGAUGGAAAUCAAGCAACUUGAGGAUGGCGAUUUUGUGAAAACGAGAAUGUCUGAACUGAAAGGGCAAGGGGAUGAAGCAUUUAAGAAUCAGGAUUAUCUGAAGGCGUCAGUGUUCUACACACAGGCUCUGAAGAUGGACAACUUCGAUGCCAAGUUGUUAUCAAACAGGAGCCUUUGCUUUCUUCGUAUGGGUGAUGGAAAAAGGGCUUACGAGGAUGCAACUGAAUGCGCAGAGAUUCGCCCGAAGUGGGCAAAGGCACACUAUCGGCUAGGCGCAGCUUUUAUGUGUAUGAAGGGAGGCAAUGGAACUGAGGAGUUAAACUCCGCACGCCAACUACAGAGAGCAGCUCGCAUGGAACGUGAAGAUCUUUUUUGGUCCUGUUAGACAAAAUCACUUAACUUUGAAUUAUGUUGCCCCUUUUUACAUGUAAUUCA